AUGAGCAACAACGAAGUAGCACAGAAUGGAUGGACAGCUGUUCCUGUCGAUGCUGGCAAAAUCUUCAAGAGCGGGCCGUAUAUCAACAAGCCCGAGUAUGUGGAUGUCAAGAGCAUUCAAUUUCCAACUGAAGAUCUUGUUGCCAAGACUCAGCAACAUGCCAAAAAUAAUCUGCUGAAGCAGGCUUACAACCAUUCCAUGCGAGUCUACUAUUGGUCCACUAUUAUCUUACGACAGCAGUUCCCCGAGCACGUCAACACCCUAUCCCCCUCAACCCUCGCACUCACAUGUCUUCUCCACGACAUCGGCACCACCGACGAGAACAUGGCCUCCACCCGCCUUUCCUUUGAGUUUAAAGGCGGCAUCCAAGCACUCGCCCUCCUCCGCGACUAUGGUUCCAGCAAGGACCAAGCCGAAGCAGUGUGCGAGACAAUCAUCCGCCACCAGGACCUCGGAACCGAAGGAAACAUUACUUUUCUCGGGCAAUUGAUCCAGUUGGCUACCAUCUAUGACAACGUCGGUGGACACCCGUCUGUCAAGAACUUUGACGGGAUCAUCGAUGACAAGACCCGUGAAGAAGUUAAUGCUGCUUUUCCUCGUGAGGGUUGGUUGGGAUGCUUUGCCGCGUUUAUUCGCAAGGAGGAGAGUCUUAAGCCGUGGUGUCAUACUACACAUAUCCCUAGGUUUGCCGAACAGGUUGAGGGCAAUCAGCUUCAAAAGCCAUAUGAAUGA